AUGACCGUUCACUCAAAGAUCCUGCUGCCUUUGCGUGGACGCGUCGGCAUCCGGUCCUUCUCUACGUCACGCGCCCGCUACCAGACCGCGCCUCUGCCGUCCAGAAAGCCUGUUGGAGCUUUCCGUGGAGGUGUCUUCGGGUUCCUGGCUGGAUCAGUUGCCGCCGGCGCGUCGGUGUACUAUUACAUUCUAGGAGAGUACCGAGUUUCCAAUGAGAUGUUGUCUGGUGACAUUUCGGCCCUUCAGUCUGCUACCAUCAAGCUCCAGUCAUACAUUACCGAACUGGAGACCAAGGUUGACCAGUUGCACAAGAAGAAAUGA